UGACGCAGAUAUGUCGGGCGUUGCUUUCGCCAACCGGCGUUCAGCAGGUCAGUCAAUCCUCAUCAAAACGAGGCAACCGCUUGAAAGCGCGCUGGUAAGCCAUGGCUGUCUGCCAGGGAGCGCUGUCCGCGGGUUUGCUAGAGGCGUACAUGGCUCGAUUUGAGCUGAGCAAAGAUCAGGUGCUGGAGCAAAAGAAAGCAUUCGACGUUAUCGAUUCAGAUGGAAAUGGGAAGAUUACAUUCCAAGAAGUUAAGGACAUGAAUGCAAUGUUGGAGCAGCCGCUGUCGGAUCAGGAGCUUACGGAGCAGUUUACUUCUCUUGAUGUCGACGGCAACAACACGGUGACCUUUCCCGAGUUUCUGAAAGUCUAUGUCAAGGGUGAGUUUGGUAGAGACGUGCCGUUGCCCAGUGUGGACGAGACUAUCCAAGUUUUGGAUCUUGCUCCGAGCCGCGUGCGCACGCACAGCUGCACGUUGGAUCCUAUUGACGAAUCUAAGAUGGUGAUGAAGUUGUCGCAAAAGAGCAGUGCCAGCUACUAUUUGCGGGUUGCCAAGCAGAUGCUGGCCGCAUCUGAGGAGACGCCUAGCGUGCUCGAGCUGAAUGCUCUUGGAUAUGCCAUUCCACAUGCUUCUUUUGUGGCAUCGGCCUUGCAGGAGGAGAACCUGGCCAAGGUUCUCUCCAUUCGCACGAGCUUGCGAGAGGUUCCAAACACUAGCAGACAUUGUCCAGUCAUGGUCAUCCGUGUUGUCAAAACUGCGAGUUAGCGGCAGCCAGCCAUGCGUACAGCGCUAUGAGCCGAGCUCUAUGCCGCUGGAUGAUGCAGUAGAGGUUGCUGGUAGACAGCGGCUUGGCAGCUGCUUUCACCUGAAAUCCACCAAAGUGGACAUUGAGGCAAAUGCAUAUGCUAUGAAAAUUGUCAUAUGCUUUGCCAAGUUCAACAGGAGAAUGCGUUGCGAGUGACAGACGUUGGCCAGGUUUGCCCGUUCUGGAUCGCAGCCGCUUCCAGCAGCAACAUGGUCUAGAACGAAUAUUGCAGCAUCUGCAAGGCAGCUCAUGAAGAGGCUGGGCGGUGCUUGAGCAGUGCUGGCGUUGGAGCAGUCCCGGUAGGCAAGGGCAAAGGAUCUCGCUGCGUCCUUUCUCGAGUAUGUUCAAAGGUGCCCGGAUGUGAUGGAAUCCAUUCUGGAGCAAGGCAAGCGUCCGCUUGGGUAGAGAGCGCGCUUUUAAUCACUGAAGAGUAGAAGAUGUUGGUGCC